CACGCUAUGGCGCAUCGAAUCCUCAUCACCGGCGCUUCAGGAUAUCUCGGUGGCACACUCCUAGCGAAGCUCCCUUCUGCCAAUCUACCAGCAUACGACAAGCUCUUCGCUCUUAUCCGGACUCCCGCACAGGCUGAAGCCGUUCAACAAUAUGGUGCACACCCAUUGACCUUUGCUACCGACGACGAGGAAGCGGUGCGAGAGAACAUCGUCAAACAUGGAAUCACUGUUGUGUUUUAUCUUAUCAAUGCAGUCAAGCUAGAAGGACCCCUCAACUUCAUCAAGGCCCUGGCCGAGGUGAAGAAUCAACAAGGUGGUCGUGAUGUGCAUUUCUUGCAUACCACGGGCGCAAAGCUCUUCUCUAGUCAUGCUGGUGCACCCACUGAUCGACUUUUGCUCGACACUGACAAUCACCUGUAUGACAUCCAGAAGUCUCAAAAGGCGCCACACGCUGUGAUGCAGAGCGGCGUCACAACCAACAACACCAUCACAGAGCAAGGUGAGAAGUGUGGCGUCCGAACGUACAUCUUCGCUCCCUGCAUCGUCUACGGUAAGAACCAAGGCUUUGGCAAUCCCAUCUCAAUCCAGACAGUCGCUAUUGUCAAGGCCGCCAAAGCCACCGGCCGUGUCUUCAGUGUCGACCAUGGUCGCCCCACUUGGCCCGUUUGUCAUGUCGCCGACAACGCCUCUCUCUACCUCCAGAUCCUGCGUCGUAUUCUGGCUGGCCAGGAUCCUGGCCAUGGCAAGAACGGCUACUACCUCGCUUCUCCUGGAAGCGUUGCCUGGGAUGAUAUAUAUUCGGCCAUGGCAAGACGACUCACUGAGAGAAAAGUCAUCAACACGGAUCAGGUCGUCAUGGCCGAUGACGCAGCCCUGGAGAAGAUGGCAGAAGCUCUAGGCUGCCCAAAGGAGUUUGUUGCUGUCCAGAUUGGUGGAAAAUGCACGUUCACCCCCGAGCACGGUGUCUCUAUUGGCUGGAAGCCACAGUAUCCCGCGUCCCACAUCCUUGAAGCCGCCGCUGCUGAAGUAGAUCUUAUUCUGCAAAGUUUGCCAUAA